UCAAAACGUAAAUGUGAAAAUGUUCAAUGUUGACAGAAAUUUUAUCGAAAAUUAAAAUAUACAAUUCUAUUAACAAUUAAUUAUAAUAGUGUGUGCUUACGUGUGAUACAUGAUCCCUUUUUUGCCUCGGUUAAAUGUUAAAACCUAUGUAAAUAUUUCCUUAGGAUUUUGCAAAUCAAAACAUAUUUUUCAUAUUUCUACACGUCAUUACCACAAUGAACCCCUUGGAUAAUUUGUGGGUUCUUCUAGAUUAGGGUAAAUAACGGUCUAUAAAAAUGCAAUCUAAUUUAAAAACGAAGGAGAUGUUUAUUUUGCGAGCGCUAGAAAAAAUCUUGAAUGAUAAAGAAAUCAAAAGAUCCUAUCAUUCUCAGCUGAAAAGGGCCUGCGAGGCUGCACUAGAACAACUUAAAAAGGAAACUGCUGAAGCGCCAAAUGGAGAAAAUAUCUCUGAUGCCCUUCCUCAGCCAAAGAGUGGAGAUGCCAACAUAAUCACAACAGAAAAGUAUUUUCUACCCUUCGAACUGGCCUGCCAAAGUAAAUCAGCCCGAAUAGUUGUCACUGCUUUAGAUUGCCUGCAAAAGUUAAUAGCUUAUGGUCAUUUAACUGCCAACAUCCCAGAUUCUACCACUCCUGGGAAGUUGCUGAUAGAUAGAAUAGUUGAGACCAUUUGUAAUUGUUUUACAGGACCACAGACUGAUGAAGGGGUCCAACUUCAAAUAAUCAAAGCUCUUCUAACAGUAGUCACCAGUCAGUAUGUGGAAGUCCACGAAGGCACUGUCCUCAUGGCAGUUCGGACCUGCUAUAACAUUUUCCUCGCCAGCAAAAACCUGGUCAAUCAAACAACGGCUAGAGCCACCUUGACGCAAAUGUUAAAUGUGAUUUUCACGAGGAUGGAGAACCAAGCUUUAGAGGCGGAAGUGACUGCUGAAAUACAGAAUAAUGCCAUUAAUACAAGUCAGAACGAGAAGGUGCUAAUUGAAAAUGAUAUUAAAUCUAUGAAAUCUUUGAAAGUUGAAGAUGAGGGCAAAGUGGAAAUCAUUCCAUUGACAGGGGAGGUUGUAGCGGCCGAAAUUAUGCAAAAUAUAAUAGACAACGUAAUAUCAGAAGUAUCGGAAAAUAAACAAAUGGAUAAUUCAAAUUCUCACGAAAAUGAGACUCAAAGUGUUACUUCAUCCAUGACUAGGAUACCCUCUCAAGAAAGUAUGGAUACUCAAAGUGAAAACGAUUCCGCUGUGACGGCGAAAUUCACUCACAUCCUUCAAAAGGACGCCUUCCUCGUAUUCAGGGCUUUGUGUAAAUUGUCCAUGAAACCCCUUCCAGAAGGAACUCCAGAUCCGAAAUCUCACGAACUUCGGUCUAAAAUUUUAUCCCUGCAACUGUUACUGUCAAUUCUUCAGAACGCCGGACCAGUAUUUAGAUCCAAUGAUAUGUUCAUCACCGCUAUCAAGCAGUAUUUGUGUGUAGCUUUAUCCAAAAACGGAGUCAGUUCCAUACCGAAGGUAUUCGAACUGUCGCUAGCCAUUUUCUUGGCGCUCUUAUCGAAUUUUAAGCUUCAUCUCAAGAUGCAGAUCGAGGUAUUCUUUAAGGAGAUAUUCUUGAAUAUCUUGGAGACUUCUAAUUCGUCCUUUGAGCACAAGUGGAUGGUGAUCCAAGCUCUGACCCGUAUCUGCGGCGACGCUCAAAGCGUCGUCGACAUCUACGUAAACUACGACUGUGAUCUUUCGGCGGCCAAUCUCUUCGAACGCCUCGUCAACGACUUAUUCAAAGUAGCUCAAGGCCGCCAUUCCCUAGAACUAGGCGCGUCUCCGAAUCAAGAGCGGGCGAUGAAGCUACGCGGCUUGGAAUGUUUAGUGUCCAUAUUGAAGUGUAUGGUGGAGUGGAGCAAGGAUUUGUACGUGAACCCCAAUCUGCAAUCGACUGUAGGCGCAAGGGAAACUAGAGAAAACGACAACGUGUCUAUUAAAUCUCACGGCGGGUCUUCAAAUAGCUUGCAUUCGAGCGAGAGUGGGAGUAACAAGGAGAAUUUGGAUUCGCCUGAGCAGUUAGAGGUGCUGAAACAGCAGAAGGAGCAUCUGAAACUAACGAAAACCCAUACAGCAUGCUUACCUAAUUAUUUCGGGACGGUUUGGGAGACUGGCAUCGACGUGUUCAACAGAAAGCCGCGGAAAGGUAUUUCCUACCUUCAAGAGCAAGGUUUACUGGGCCCUAGUCAAGAAGACGUUGCCAAGUUUCUGCAUAAUGACGAACGUCUAGACAAGACGUUUAUCGGCGAGUUUUUAGGCGACAACGACGAGUUUAGCAAACAAUGCAUGUAUACUUACGUGGACCAAAUGAAUUUUACCAACAUGGACUUUGUAGCUGCUCUUAGACAUUUCUUAGAUGGAUUCAGGUUACCAGGUGAAGCGCAAAAGAUCGACAGACUGAUGGAAAAAUUCGCCAGUAGAUACUGCGAGUGCAACCCCAACAACGGUCUCUUUGCAACUGCCGAUACGGCUUACGUCCUUGGUUUUUCAAUAAUCAUGCUCACCACCGAUCUACACUCUCCUCAAGUCAAAAACAAAAUGACCAAAGAGCAAUACAUCAAACUGAACAGGGGAAACACCGAGAGCAAAGACGUACCCGAAGAAUACCUCUCCCAAAUAUACGAUGAAAUAUCGGGACACGAGAUCAAAAUGAAGAAUCCGGUUAACAAGCCCGGCAAGCAACAGAUCAACAGUGAAAAGAGAAGAAAAAUCCUUUUUAAUAUGGAGAUGGAAGCGAUUUCCACUGCCGCUAAGAAUCUGAUGGAAUCCGUUUCACAUGUUCAAGCACCAUUUACUUUAGCCAAGCAUCUUGAACAUGUGAGACCGAUGUUUAAGAUGGCUUGGACGUCGUUUUUAGCUGCCUUUAGUGUUGGUUUACAAGAUUGUGAUGACCCGGAAGUUGCCGCUUUGUGCCUCGAUGGAAUAAGAUGUGCCAUAAGGAUAGUAUGUAUAUUCCACAUGACAUUAGAACGGGACGCCUACGUACAAGCUUUGGCGAGGUUUACCCUUUUGACUGCAAACUCUCCAAUAAUGGAUAUGAAAGCAAAAAAUAUAGACACUAUUAAAACAUUAAUCAUGGUAGCACACACGGACGGAAACUAUUUAGGAUCUAGUUGGUUGGACAUCUUGAAGUGUAUAUCACAGUUGGAACUGGCUCAACUCAUUGGGACUGGAGUCAGACCGGAGUUUUUAUCAGGCCCUGGGCACAAACCUUCGGACCCCAGCUCAAGAGAACACAUAGGACAAACAAGUUCCCAAAGCGUAGUUGUAGCAGUAGAUAGGAUAUUUACCGGAUCGACAAGGCUAGACGGAGACGCUAUCGUUGAGUUCGUAAAGGCUUUAUGUAAAGUGUCACUGGAGGAGUUAGCGUAUGCGGGGCAUCCCAGAAUGUUUUCCUUGCAGAAGAUUGUUGAGAUUUCUUAUUAUAACAUGGAGAGGAUUAGGUUACAGUGGUCAAGAAUUUGGCAGGUCCUGGGCGAACACUUUAACACUGUUGGCUGCAGUAACAAUGAAGAAAUUUGUUUUUUCGCCGUCGACAGUUUGAGACAGCUAUCGAUGAAGUUCAUAGAGAAGGGAGAAUUUUCCAAUUUUCGUUUUCAGAAAGAUUUCCUGCGUCCAUUCGAGUAUAUUAUGAAAAACAACAUAUCACCCACUGUUAGAGAUAUGGUGGUGAGAUGUGUGGCGCAAAUGGUCAAUUCUCAAGCGAAAAAUAUAAGAUCAGGUUGGAAAAACAUUUUCUCCGUCUUUCAUCUAGCAGCAGGUGAUCAGGAGGAGGGAAUAGUCGAAUUGGCGUUUCAAACCACUGGUAAAAUCAUUAUGGAGUUGUACGAAAAGCAGUUUCCUACGAUGAUCGAUUCCUUCCAAGACGCUGUCAAAUGCCUGUCAGAGUUCGCCUGCAACGCGAGGUUUCCGGAUACCAGCAUGGAGGCUAUUAGGCUUGUAAGAGCUUGUGCCUGCAGUGUUAACGGUGCCCCCCACUUAUUUGCUGAACAUGGAGGUCUUGAAACUGAUAUAACCGUGUCGGAGGAUGAUAGAGUUUGGGUACGUGGUUGGUUCCCACUUCUAUUUUCCCUCUCUUGUGUCGUCAAUCGAUGUAAACUAGACGUGAGAACUCGAGCCCUCACGGUACUUUUUGAAGUAAUCAAAACUUAUGGAGAUACCUUCAGCCCUCAUUGGUGGAAAGAUCUUUUCAAAGUUUUAUUUAGGAUAUUCGAUAACAUGAAACUUCCCGAAAAACAGCCCGAAAAAGACGAAUGGAUGACAACGACCUGCAACCACGCCCUCUAUGCUAUAGUUGACGUUUUCACACAGUAUUACGACGUACUAGGUCCUCUGCUUCUGGAAGAACUGUACUCGCAACUUCAUUGGUGCGUUCAACAAGACAACGAACAGCUCGCCAGGUCCGGAACCAAUUGUUUAGAGAACUUAGUCAAUUCGAACGGUAACAAAUUUACGGAAGAGACUUGGGAGAAGACGUGUCAGUGUAUGUUAGAUAUAUUUAAUUCGACGGUGCCAUCUGCUCUGCUGACGUGGAAACCGGAAUCUAUGAAGACUACGGCUGUGAUUGAACAAAAUGGCGAUAUUGGACCUAAUAAAGGUAUUCUGAAGAGAUCCAGUUAUCAUCAAGAUAUCAACGUUGACAAUACAGAAGUGUUUAAUAGCUUAGCAAUUAAGAGCGCUGUCCAGUUGGAACUGAUUCAAACGAUCGAUAACAUAAUUUUCUUUCCGGCGACGUCACGGAAAGAAGACGCCGAAACGCUGGCAUUUGCGACAGCGGAUAUGACAGGAGGGGGAUCCUUGACUGAAUGUCAGAGAGAUGAGCAAGGAAUGUACAGGUUACUGAGUAGUCCGCAUUUGUUGCAGUUGACUGAGUGCCUUCUACAGUCUCAUAGGUUUGCCAAAGCAUUUAACAUCAACCAUGAUCAAAGAAAUCUCCUCUGGAAAGCUGGAUACAAAGGGUCUGCCAAACCCAAUCUUCUCAAGCAAGAAACCCAGAGUCUUGCUUGUUUGAUGAGGAUACUCUUCAAGAUGUACUGCGACGAAGAUAGACAGGAACACUGGUCUAUCAUCGAAACGAAACUUAUAAAGGUGUGCCAAGAAGCUUUAGAAUACUUUUUGAGACUGCAGAGUGAAAACCACAGGGAAGCGUGGACUUCUCUUCUAUUGCUAGUCAUGACUAGAUUAUUGAAGAUGCCUGAUAAUAGGUUUGCCGUACACAUUUCAAGGUACUACCCACACCUUUGUGAGAUAGUUUGUUUCGACUUGAAAGCCGAACUGAGGUCGAUAUUGAGAAGAGUCUUCCUUAGGAUAGGACCCGUAUUUCACAUUACCACCACAUAGUCGAAGAAGACGUAGCCUUAGUCGUUAUUAAAAUUAUUUAUCGUUUCAAUUACGAGAGUACCGGCUCACGCAUCCACAACUAAUAAUGUUUUACCUAAGAGUACAAAAGUGAUAUGUUCGUAACUCGAAAUGCGUGGUCCGGUACCACUUUGGUACUUUGAUGAUGGUACUUCAAUGGUAAUUCGGUGAAAAAUUGUUUUCCUCAAGGAUCGAAGAAGCCAAACAAAGUAGUCCAGGGAAAUAAGGUUUUUGUAGGGGCACUCACUCAGCCUGGUUGCAAAUGUGUUUCGUGGGUACUAUCUAAUACAUUAUAAAUACAAAAAUGCCCGUUACUGUUAGGAGGCAUAAAAUAGUUAUUAACAAAUAAGGGUCAAAAAUGGCAAUUUUUCCUUUAAGGGCGUAGGUCCAAAAAUUCGCGCCAAUGUGUAUUACAUGUAUUUUUUUCGAAGCCUGAGAAAACUAAUGGUAUUUUUGAAAAAUUUAAACGCUAUAUGAAAGAUUGCAUUAUUACCGAGGGCCGAAUGUCCCUGAAUACUUCUAUAAUGUUUAUUUUAAUAAGUUACAUGGUUAAAAAUAACGAGAAUAUUUAGUGUGAUUUUAAUUUCACGUAUCUCAUUCAAAAGAAACUUUUUGGUUAUUCUAAGGGACUUUCGGCCCGCAGUAAUAAUGUAAUAUUUCAUUCUGCGUUUAAUUUUUUCAAAAAUACUUACAAGUUUUCUCAGAAUUCGAAAAAAAUGAAUUCUUUUAAAAGACAUUGGCGCGAAAUUUUGCGCCUAUACCCUUAAAUCACUACAGGUAAAAAUAGCGUAAUUAAAUAUAUUAUUUUGGGUAUUCAUCUUUUAGAAGAGGGACAAAUGUCUAAAAUGGCAGUUUUUAAAUGUUGGUCAGAUCAUUUGUUGCUUUUUGUAAAUUGCAAAAUAAGGCUAAAAUUGUUAAAAUCAAAAAGUAGCUAAAACUUUUUCAGGAAUAAACGUACCACUUUGGUGUUGCAUGAAAUGUUGAGUCAAGUAGUCCUUAUAAUGCACCCAAAAUGUCAAGACGUUUCUUUAAUUAGUUUAAAUUUAUUAAUUUUUUUUUAUCUCACAAAGCUUUUCUUGCAAUGUUAGUGAAUCGCGAGACAGCGAUUCUGCGAGAACCACAUGAAAGAAGAAGACUUAUGCUUUCAACAUAUUUUAAAAAUGUAAAAAUCAAUAAAAAGUAAAUUUUUACCAAUGCAAAAACAUUUUACUAAAGUAGUCAUUUUGGUAUAAAUAAUAUAAUUUGAAUAACUUUGUUAAUAUUGACUGUAGACUAAAAAUCCUCUUUGGUAUUUGAGAAGCUGGUAUUUUUACACGAAGUUUAAAACAUUUUCGCCUAGGUCAAUUAGGAUCAAAGUUGACUUUUUUAUUUAAACAGCUACUUCUCUAUACAUAAAAUUCUCCUGUCACAGUGUUAGUUGCCAUACUCCUCGGAAACGGCUUUAUGCUUUUAUGAAAUUUUAUACGUAUACAUGUUCGGUAGGACUGAGAAUAGAUUGUAAUCUAUUUUUCGUACCCAUAAUUGAUAAGGGGGUUGCCCUCUGACAUUAUUUUUUAUUUUAUUUUUUUUACAAAAUUUUCUAUCUUAAUUUUAUAUUGUUCUGAAGCUAUUUCUUUGUGGCAUUUACGUAAUUUAUUAUUAUAACUGGGAAAUAAGCCACAAUUUAACUUGAAAAAUGAUUUUAUUGACUUUUCGGCUUCCAACUAAGACGCCGUUUAUUAGCAAAUUACAAAAUAUUACUAAAUUAAACAAAAAUGUGGUCGCUUAGCAAAAAAAUUCUUCUAAUAAUUUAAUUUAAUCUGACUUAUUCAUAUCGGCAAUUCAGACAUAUAUUAUACUUUUUAAAGUAAAGGACUUUAAAGUGAUAUUGCCAAUAUUUAUGAGUUGCGUUCCUGGGACAACUUUAUUGAAAGAUAGUUCAUUCGAUUACAUGAAAUAAACUUUAACUCAAGAAUAUCCGCCACAAAAAUAUCAUAGCAUGUGAUGAUCUUUAAAAAGACAACCACAUGCGAAGGUGACAGUAAAAUUCUUGUUAGUGAUUCCAUAGUAAAUGAUUAAAUAAAUAAAUUUUUAAUUUUAUAAGAUGUAUCAUUAAAAUGCAUACAACCGUUAAUUUUUACCCUUCUAUCACCAACCCCUAUUUUUUAAUAUUUUUAAUAAAUUUUCCUGUCAUAGUGUUAGUUGCCAUACUCCUCCGAGACGGUUUAAAAGUCAUAAAUGACUUUAGUAAAAUGUUUUUGCAAUGCUAAAAACGACUUUUAUUGAUUUUUGUUAAACGGAUUGAAAAUAUAAAUCCUCUUCUGUCAGGUGGUAGCCGCGGAAUCGCUGUAUUAUUAUUAUUUUCUGAGCAAUAACAUUGCAAAAAAGCUCUGUGGGAUAAACAAAUUUAAUAAAAUUUAAACUAAUUGACUAAUCGUCUUUAAUCUAUAAUUAAUUCAAUAAUGAUCUUUAUAAUUGUGCAUUAUAAAGACUACUUGACUCAACUUUUCAUGGAAUAUCAAAGUUCGUUCAAGUACCCAAGUACCCAAGUUCAUUUUUUCAAAAGUUACAGCAGAACAAAUGUUCGGAUAAGAAUUCAAAAACUGCCAUUUGAAGUCUUUGCCCAUCUACUAAAAGAUGAAUACUGUGAAUAAUAUAUAUUUAAUUGUCCUAUUUUUACCUGUAGCGGUUUAAACAAAAACUGCCAUGUUGGACCCUUAUUUGUUAAUAACUAAAAUUCUCGUCCGAACUGUGACGAGCAUUUUUGUAUUUAUAAAGUAUUAGGUAUAUGGUAACCAAAAAACGCAUUUGUAACCUGGCUGGAUCAGUAUCAAGGACAUGGUAUAUUUUUGCCUUAUUUCCCUGGAGUAAAGAGCGAAUUUUCGGAUAUGCCCAUAUGCUUUACAGUUGAGGCUAACAGUAGUGAUACCAUAGAUAAAAUAAUUUAGACAAAUGAAUGUUAUCCGCCUCAAACUUUUUUAUUGGAGCAAAACGACUGAGCCAUGCUGAGAUUCGAGCAGCAUAUUUUUUUUUUCAAAUAAAGCCGUCUAGGAGCCAGAGGGUUGAGUAUGCACUUUUAUGCAUUUUUUCAUGCGUAGAUUCGAUUUUUCGAGUGUACCAGGCUGAAAAUCUGUCAGAUAAUUUGUUAUUAAUAAUUUAAUUGUUUAACGGGGGGAGGGGGGGAGGUAUGCUUUGAUAAUUUAGAAAUUUUUGACAUUUUAAAUGACAGUACAUAGUAAUGAAUGGGUUGCAUGUUUGAGUCCAUACUAUUGUAGUAAAGAAAAAGAGACGUUCUCACAAACAAUUUAUUUUACAACUGACGACCGGUUUCGCUGUGUACAAUAUUCACAGCAUCUUCAGGUCCCGGUUAAAGUAAAAUUAAUGCUACAAAUAAAACACCAGAGUUAGUUAAGUGGUCUGGUUUAAAUCAAAAGUUAAUGAUUAAGCCAAUAUCAAAGUACAUAUAUUUAUGCAUACAUAUAAAUGCUCACAUGUACGUACGUAUGGUGUAUAACCCUCACACUCACAUACAUGCACGCAUUCAUAUGCAGUGGCAACAAAAGUAUGUAAGUAUAAGAUAUACACUUACUUUCCGGUAUAAGGGAAGAAUAUAGUAGUAUUCAAUAUCAUACUUUUUCUCUGUACAUUUACUAAAGGGAAAGUUGGUAGCGGGACAGAUUUGGAUGUAAUAUAUUAACAAAACAUUGGUAG